UCUCUCUCUCUCUCCUAAUUUAUUUUAAUUUCCCAUUUCUCUCUCAACCCUAAUUUGUUUUUUUAUUUUUAUUUAUUUCUAUUUAUCUCUUUCCCUAAUUUAUUAUAAAAUUAUUCCAACUCUCUCUCUUUCCUCCUAAUUUUUGGAAUUAGAGGAUAUCUGGGUGAAAGAGCGAAAAACCACCAAACGGCUAUAAUUGGCGUUACAGAGUUUCAGAGCAGAGAGGAAGAUACAGAGGGAGAGAGAUACAUAGAUAGAGAGACAGAUAGAAAGAGAGUGAAAGAGAGAGAGUGAGAGAGAGAAACAGAAAGGGUUGUGCUAAUCCCUUGAAGAUCGCUGCUUUUUUCGGUUAUUUUCCAGAAUUUUUUUUUAUAUUAAUUUAUUUUUGUUCUGGAAUUGGGGUUGUGUUAGGAGGUGUUGAUCUGGGUCUCGGCGAUCUGAAUUAUUGUAGGAGAUUCUCAUAGGAUAAGUGAAGGGCUGGACGAAGAGGGGUUAAUUGGGAAUAAUAUUGUAGCCCGUUGUGGUGGUUGUUCAUCAUCAUGUCUGACGGGUAUUAUAAUUCCAAGAAGACUGAUGACAUAUUUGACGAUGUUUGUGGCCAGCAGGGAUCUAGAGCGGCUUUGAGCAUGUCCAGACUACGGUGCAUCAUGAGGGGCUUGGACUUUAAGACUUACGUUUUCACUUUUGUGUUUGUCCCCUUAUGCAUCUUUGGUAUAUAUUUACACGGACAGAAGAUCUCUUAUUUUCUAAGACCCCUUUGGGAAUCUCCUCCAAAACCCUUCCACGAUAUUCCGCACUAUUAUCAUGAGAAUGUAACAAUGGAAAAUCUUUGUAGACUUCAUGGAUGGGGAAUUCGUGAAUCACCAAGGCGAGUCUAUGAUGCAGUUCUUUUCAGUAAUGAAAUAGACAUCCUCACAAUCAGAUGGAACGAGUUGUAUCCUUAUGUGACGCAAUUUGUACUCCUAGAAUCAAACUCAACAUUUACUGGCUUACCCAAACCAUUAAUCUUUGCCACCAACCGGGACAAGUUCCAGUUUAUUGAGCCUCGGCUCACUUAUGGGAUGAUUGGGGGAAGAUUCAAGAGAGGUGAGAACCCUUUUAUUGAAGAGUCGUAUCAGAGAGUAGCUUUGGACCAACUUCUCAGAAUAGCAGGCAUAGAAGAUGAUGACUUGCUGAUAAUGUCUGAUGUUGAUGAGAUUCCCAGUGCCCACACGGUUAAUCUCUUGAGAUGGUGUGAUAACAUCCCACCUAUUCUUCAUCUUCAGCUGAGGAAUUACUUAUACUCUUUUGAGUAUUAUCUAGAUAAUGAGAGCUGGAGAGCAUCAGUUCACAGGUACCAGAGUGGGAAAACUAGGUAUGCACACUACCGACAGACAGAUUACAUCUUGUCGGAUUCUGGGUGGCAUUGUAGCUUUUGUUUCCGCCAUAUCGAUGAGUUCAUAUUUAAAAUGAAAGCUUACAGCCAUUCUGAUAGAGUGAGAUUCUCUCAUUUCCUGAAACCCAAAAGGGUACAGGACGUUAUAUGCAAAGGUACUGACUUGUUUGACAUGCUUCCAGAGGAGUAUACAUUUAAGGAGAUAAUUGGAAAGAUGGGACCUAUUCCGCGUUCUUACUCUGCUGUUCAUCUUCCUGCAUAUUUGUUGAACAAUGCUGAGAAGUACAAAUUUCUAUUGCCUGGUAACUGCAAAAGAGAAAGUGGCUGAUCUAUGAUAUUAGAGCUGCAUGUACAAAAAUUUUGAAAAUGAAAAUUGUGGAUUGCAUCAAGAGGGGCUCUACUGGGAGAUCGAUGGUCAUGAUGGCAAUGGUACAAAUAAUUUUUAUGGUCAUUCUUUAGAGAGAGAUAUUGGGAAGAACUUGAUGGUUCCCUGAUUCUCAGGGUUGUGUAUAUUUCUUUUUUCUUUCUUUUCUUUUUUUUUGGACAUUGGGUUUCUUCCGAUGAGGCAUAUCAAGUUUCCAAAGUGGGGGUUCUGCUGUGAGAGAAUUAGCUUUGUGUUUUUGGCUUCGGCUAACUAAUGUACCCACUUCUUGUUGGUAUGGCAUAAUCUUCAACUGCAUGAGUAGAAUGACAUUUCCCAGGAUUUUCUAUGAUGGGAAUUUUUGAUUUCUCAGACUAAUUUAUUCGUAUACUCUUUCUUUC